AUGAACCAUAUCCCUCAGCAUCAGCGAGCAGUUACAGUUGGUCACUUUCACAUUCCUCGAUUACAUUCGUGACAACAGGCUUCGCUGUUUUCAAUCUAUAGAGCCAAUAUUUCAGCCGUCUGCAUGCCUAAAGAAGCGUCGAAGGAGAAGGGGGCUCAGGCAAGCGGCUCGAAGGGGUCACAACCUCGCUCUGUGAAGAAGAAUGAGAGGUGGUCGGAUGCAUUCAUGGGCAUUACUGGGUCAGAUUACUUCUCUUCACUCAAGGACCCUAGCUCUAUUAACCACAUAGAGUACUUCCGACACUGCAAACCCAACCACUAUCAAAAAGCCCAUUACCAUAAUUUAUGGGGGCACGAUAUCUUAUCUAUCAUCGAGCACAGCCCUAUACAGCGCCUUUCGGAGCAGCACAAACGGCUGAAGCGCGAGUGGAGCGAGACAGGAGCAACAGAGAACUUUUGGGAGCAGGUCCUUACUGAAGAGCUAAGUCGGCGCGAUGAAUUGAAUCACAAGAGACAACUAGUGGCUGUACGAGAGAAUGCUGUAGACCAGCUCGAGGACACAUAUCAAUUCUACAGCAAGCGAACUCGACUUUCAAAUGUCCGUAACCUUGGAAACGUAGGGGACGAGAACCAGGAGACGGCAGAGUCUGACAUCUCUGGAAGUGAAGAAGGUGAGGUGGGCUUUUCAUUUCAAAGUCUAGACCUUCCGCAUAAUAUCGGUGAGCUAGAGCUACCAUCAUCCGAUCCGUUCGAUUCGUCGCUUCACAGCGAUUGCUUUUCUGAUGGUACUUUGGAAGAUUCACCACCAGUCGGAAUCUGCCGCCUUGUGGGACCAGGAACUCGCACAUCGGAACUCAGUGGAGACUCCUUGUACUACAAGGAUGGCAUGUGUGUUUCCACGAUGCUCAUGAGCUAUAGGCGUCGCCAAGUUGAAGAUGAAUCGUUUCUGCAGGAUUUUCAGAUAAAGGAGAUUCUAUCCUUGAACUUUGUGUUUUUCGAUCCGCUCAUCCACAACCUCCAAGACGAGCAGCUGGCUCAAUGGAGGCGAGCCCUUGGCGAUAGCGACAAGGCAUUUAUAGUAGGCCUAGCAGAGGCAUGCUGCCAGCAAGGACGCGAAGAGGCACUACGAACCCUGUAUUCUCUGGGCGUCAAGCUUGAUCUCAUCACAUCACCUCUCUUCCUAGCCGCCCAGAGCCUAAUGUCGACAUCGGUGCUGUGGGCCGAUACUGUCCUUGUCCGAGACAAUGAAGACUCUUUCAUUGAACGCUUCCUCAAACCACUUAUGAACGCAUUCUUUGGACAGUUUACAGAGGCAAGAUUAUGUUGGACCCGCAACACUCUAAAGACAGGACAUAUCGGCGAGGGUGAACUCCUCUAUCCCGAUGUCAUGCUAUCGACAACAUCCACUCCUCAGCACACAGUCCUUGUCGGAGAGGUCAAGAAAAUGGAUGGAUCCGAUCAUGAAUAUGACCGAGAUCGUGUGAAGCUGUUCAUCGAAAUGAAGCGCUGUUUGGACGGCCUUCUUGACUGCGGAGUAGAUGGACCUGUGGUUGGCAUCCUCGCUCAGGGACACCGGGUGGAGGUCUGGAACAUGACGCUGCCAUAUGAAGCACUGUAUGUGCCGACCCUUUUGGGCUCGUUUGAUCUUAUCCUGUCCAGGUACUAUUUUGGUGCCUUCUUUGCUCUGGCCCCUCCUCUUCUUGCGGCAAAGGCAGUCAUUCAAGACACACUGACGCGGUUGAGACAAGGACAAAGAAGGAGCUCUUUGAAAUCAGGAUGGAGGCGUGGCACAUAUCACUAUGAGCCUCUCAUUCUUAAACAAGACGUGUCCAUCGUUCAAGAGGUUCGUGAGUUGAAGAAGGAGAAUAAGAACAGUUGUAAGUGAAGCCUUCGCUUGGAUAAAGGGCAUAAAGAUGUACAGUACUAUUACACGUGGAAAGUUGUAAAAUAAUAUAUAAGCCCUG